AUGUCGAGCGAUAUAGAUUCUGUAGUGGAAAUGCUGGUCGUAGGCUCUAGCGGUGGCUUGACAGUCGCCUAUAUAAUGCCUUCACUACCAGCUGCUGUCCCUCACCGAGAUGCAUUCGCUCUGGAUGCCUUCGGUUUUAACUUCAUGGAUUCUCAAUUACCCACUCUCGACACUUUCUCCACUGCUGGCCUGUCUAAUACAUGGGAGCUGCCAGAUAUUUCCGGCAUGGGAUUCGACGAACAAUUCAUGAGCAUGAUCUCGGGUUUAUCUGCAGAGCAGAUUCAAUAUAUGCUUGACUACUUGACUCCGCCCGAUAUGCAAGAAGUACCCUCACAGAUUUAUGUGCCUACCAACGACAUAAUUCUUCAACAGCCAACAGCAACUAUCCCGUCCCAGGCUCCGAUUGGUUCUGAACCAAUUGAUCGGCCCGCCGAAGCUCCCCUCCCUACUACCUCACGUUCUCGAGGCUGCAGUGGGACCACACUUCUUACGGCUAUUACCCUGCUUAGGCUUAAUGUACGAUUUAAUCCGCUCUUCCGGAGCAUGGGCCUCGCUUCCUGCCCAGACAAGAUUGACCUGAAGGCUGGCAUGGAGCAAGAAGACGCUAUGAUUGCGGCCGGCUACCUCCCUCAAACACAUGUUCCAUGGGAAGAGGCGAUCAAGCUCCUUGGAAAGCAGGGAUUCCGUAGCUACUAUUAUAGUGAAAUAGAAAUUGCAAAGGCGAACAACACUGAACUCCCACCUGUGCCUGAGUGGAUUAGGCGGUACUGCUUGUCCAAAGAUACUCGAAAUGCCCCUGCUCGCAUUAGCAACCAAGAUUGCACCACAAAUCCUCUAAACAAGAAGCCGAAAGCUGCGAAAAUGAUCUCUCGUCGCAAUAACCCAACCGAGCAGCCAGCGUUUGUUUGGGGUCAGAAUAAGGGUAAAGGAAAUAGUGUCAGCACUCAGCGUUACAGCCCUUAUGCUCGCCAGUAA